AUGAGUGAAUUUAAAGUCAAGGAGAUUUCUAAGAAUAAUGAUGUUAUCAAUAUCCCUGAUGAUUUACAUCCAAUUGAUAUCAAAUUGUCUAUAUCUUCCAUUGAUAUCCAAUGGAGUGAUAAACAUUCAUCUACAUAUGAUUUUAAUUGGCUUGUUAAACAUACCACUGAAUUGACUAAAUCAAUAGCUAUUAAAGAGGAAGGAUUAUUACCGAAAAGAAUUUAUUGGAAUAAUGAUUUAAUUAAAAAACAAACACCAACUGUUGAAUAUCAAGAUGUCUUGAACAAGAAAUCCAAUGAUUUUUAUAACAAUAUUUAUAAAUAUGGUUUUACAUUCAUCAACAACAUCCCUGUCUCUGCUGAAUCCACCGAAGAAUUAUGUAAUUCAAUUGGAAAUAUUCGCUAUACACAUUAUGGUGGUUUCUGGGAUUUUACAACAGAUUUAGCAAUGAAAGAUACAGCAUAUUCAGAUAUUGAAAUUCCAUCACAUACAGAUGGAACAUAUUGGGAAUAUACACCUUAUUUACAACUUUUCCAUCUUUUGUAUCAUGAUGGUGAAGGUGGUAAUACAACAUUAGUUGAUGCUUUCCAAUGUGCUAAAAUUUUCCAAUUGGAAAAACCUGAUGAAUAUCAAUUAUUAUCAAAUUUAAAAAUUGAUUGUCAUUCAUUAGGUGAUAUUUACUUAGUUCAAACAAAACCUAUAUUCAUUCAUGAUGAUUUGGGGAAAUUAAUUCAAGUUUCAUGGAAUAAUUCUGAUCGUUCAUCAAAUUUUAAUAUGGAUAAUGAAACAAAAAGGAAAUUUUAUAAAGCAAUUAAAUCAUGGAAUGAAAUUAUUCAUAGAGAAGAAAAUUUCUUAUGGCAUAGAUUAAAACCUGGUCAAGCUUUAAUUUUUGAUAAUUGGAGAUGUUUACAUUCAAGAAUUGGUAAAACUACUGGGAAAAGAAGAAUGUGUGGUUGUUAUUUUGAUAAAGAAGAUUUCUUGAGUAAUUUAAAAAUAAGAAAUUCUCAAAAUGAACAAGAAUUAUUUGAAUCUUUAUAA